UUGCAGUUUGCAAGGCAGGAGGUUUUUCAAUGGAAAUCCUGCAAGAAGAGGGUGAGUUCAAGGAAGAGAAAGGAAGCCUUGACUGUAUAGAAGAAGGGAAAACCCAUUGCUGGUGGGGAAAAGGAAGGAACAGGGCUGCAGAUCCAGUGCUCAGCUGCAAAGGAGGAGAGAGUGCCUUCCUUUUAGUUGUAUAUGGAGGAAGGGAAUUUUGGAUAUGAUUCGUGGAGGAAACAUCUGAGGCCUGAAGCCUGCCGAGUUUCAGAGAAGUAGCUCCAGUGAUUGCCAUGCAGGCACAUUCCAAGGUUUUGAGGCUCUAUUGAACUGGGUGUGCAUUUCACAGAUAGGAAGUGGGCUCUGCUGGGUCCGGACCAAAGAGACCUGCAUUGGGAAGUCAUGGAGGAGAACUUUGCCAUGCUGCCCUCUCCGGGUGCCGGAGUCAUAUUGGCAAUGCAUUCUCAGCCAUCUCUUCUUUCUGGUGAAGUGGAAGAAGCAUCAGUACGACCUGAUCAGGCUCUGGUGACCUUUGAGGAGGUGGCUGUGCAUUUCAGUGAGGAGGAGUGGGCUCUGCUGGAUCUGGACCAAAAAGCCCUGCACAGGGAAGUCAUGGAGGAGAAUUUUUGGAAUGUUGCCUCUCUGGGUGGCAGGUGGGAGAGGAAGGAGGGAAAAGCCCACAGAAGAUUGUUGGGAGAUGCCAGAUAUGAAAACGGAGAUCUAAAGAGAAUGAAAAUGGAAGCAAAACAGAAGAGGAGCAAUGGACCUUUUGCGACUCAGCAUGGUGACCUCCAUAAAAGCACAAUCCAGGGGGGAAAGGAGGAAGUAAGAGAGAGAAGUCUGUGCCUUGCGUAUAAGGAAAGCUUGAGUUUUGAAACAAGCCUUCAACCUCAGUGGAAAAUGCACAUAGAAGAGAAACCAUAUAAAUGCUUGGAAUGUGGAAAGAGCUUCAGUGUGAAUGCAUACCUCAUUUCACAUCAAAGAAUCCACAGUGGGGAGAAGCCAUAUCAGUGCCUGGAGUGUGGAAAGAGCUUCCAUCGAGCACACUACCUGCCUAGACAUCAAAGAACCCACAUUGGGGAGACGCCAUAUAAAUGCUUGGAGUGUGGAAAGAGCUUCAGCUACAAGGAAUAUCUUACUAAACAUGAAAGAACACACACUGGGAAGAAACCAUAUAGAUGCUUGGAGUGUGGAAUGAGCUUCAGUGAAAAUUCAUACCUCACUUCACAUCAGAGGACCCACACUGGGGAGAAACCAUAUAAAUGCCUGGAGUGUGGAAAGAGCUUCCAUCGAGCAAAGUCCUUUCGUAGACAUCAAAGAACCCACACAGGGCAGAAACCAUAUAAAUGCCUGGAGUGUGGAAAGAGCUUCACUGACAAAGGAAAUCUUUCAAAACAUCAAAUCACACACAUGAAAGAGAAACCCUGUAAAUGUUUGGAGUGUGGAAGGAGCUUCAGUGACAAGAAAUCUCUUACUCAACAUGAAAGAAUGCACACUGGGAAGAAACCAUAUAAAUGCUUGGAGUGCGGAAAAAGCUUCAAUCGAGCACACUCCCUUCCUAAACAUCUAAUAACCCACACUGGGGAGAAACCAUAUAAAUGCUUGGAGUGUGGAAAGAGCUUCAGCCUCAAGGAAUAUCUUGCUAAACAUCAAAGAAUCCACACUGGGGAAAAACCAUAUAAAUGCCUGGAGUGUGGAAAGAGCUUUGGCGACAAUGGAAAUCUUACAAAACAUCAAAGAAUGCACACUGGGCAGCAACCAUAUAAAUGCUUGGAGUGUGGAAAGAGCUUCAGUGUGAAUUCAUACCUCACUUCACAUCAGAGAACCCACACUGGGGAGAAGCCAUAUCAAUGCUUAGUGUGCGGAAAGAGCUUCCAUCUAGCUCAUUCCCUUCCUAGACAUCAAAGAAUCCACACUGGGGAGAAACCAUAUAAGUGCUUGGAGUGUGGAAAGAGCUUCAAUGACAAGGGAAACCUUACAAAACAUCAAAUAACACACAUGAAAGAGAAACCGUAUCACUGCUUGGAGUGUGGAAAGAGCUUCAGUAUAAGUUCACGCCUCACUUCACAUCAAAGUAUUCACACAGGGAAGAAAAAAAAUAAAUGUUUGGAAUGUGGAAAGAGCUUCAGUGACAAGGGAAAUCUUACUAAACAUCAAAGAAAACACACUGGAGAUAAACCAUAUGAAUGCUUGGUGUGUGGAAAAAGCUUCCAUGAAUCAAACUCUCUUACCAAACAUAAAAGAACACACACAGGCGAGAAACCAUAUCCCUGCUUGGAGUGUGGAAAGAGCUUCACUGUGAGUUCACACCUCAUUUCACAUCAAAGGAUUCACACUGGGGAGAAACCAUAUCAAUGCUUGCAGUGUGGAAAGAGCUUCAGGGUCAAGGGAAGUCUUACUGAACAUGAAAGAACACACACUGGGGAGAAACCCUAUAAAUGCUUGGAGUGUGGAAAGAGCUUCUGUCGGCGCUCACGCCUCACUUCACAUCAAAGGAUUCACACUAGAGAAAAACCAUCUAAUGGCUUAUAGUUUGGGAAUAGUUUCUGUCCCAGGAAGUCACUUAUCUCACUUCAAAUAAUCUACUCUGAUUAGUGUUGUAAAUGAAUCUCAGAAAAAGGGAUGUAAAUGAAUCCCAGAAUCCCACAUUGUUCUGCUGUGGAAAAACAGCAAAGAAAGAGUUUAAAGCACAUUGCAAGCCUCACUUCUUAGUAAAGUUUUCAAUGUGGGGAGCAACCAUAUCUAAUCUGGGAGUGUGGAAAUAGUUUUGACCCGAGGCACUCCCUUACUCCUUACCAGAGAACCCUCUCUGGUGAUUAAAAUUUUAUUCACUUUAGGAAAGACUAGAACUACUUUAAUCUGCUUUGGUUAAAGCAAGAAUAUCAUUUACAAGAAAAACUUGUACUUUUAUUUAGAUGUCUAUUCAACAGUUGACAUCAAAGAACCUACACAGGGGAGAAACCAUAUAAAUGCUUGGCGUGUGGAAAGAGCUUCAGUGUAAGUUAACACCACCCCUCACAUCAAAGAUCCCACUAUAGGGAUUCACAUUCACAGAAAAGAGCCACAUGAAGCUCCUAUGCCAAAAAGAAGAAAGGAGCCUGUUAUACCUGUAAAACUUCAUUUUGGCACAAGCUUUGGGGAGUAGUUUUGUGGUUGUAAGGGCUUCCCUAUCUCUAGCAGCUUUUCAUUCAUUCAAUUUCGAUUGAGCGCUUUUCGAUUGAGCACUCAAGACACAUUUAUUUCAUCAGGCCUUUGAUUAGCUGUAUGUUGGUUUUAUAGCUGUUACUGCUGUUUCAAAUGGUUGUUUAAAUUUUAAACUCUUUUAACAUUUGGUUUUAAUUUUGGUUUUAUCAUUUAUUUUGUAAACUUUCAUGAGCUGCUGGUAUGGGGUCAUAGAUAAAUGUACUAAAUAAAGAAGUAGUGGCCUUUCUUAUCCAACUUAAUGCUUCACUGCACAUCCAGCCUCCUCCUCUUUUCCAGUGGCCCAGAGCAGUAACUUUGUUCCCUGACUUUCGCCUGCCCAUUUAGUUGAAUGGUGUGUUUUUAAGACCCUUUUGGUGUUUUGUUUUUUAAAUAAAGGUGCAAAUCUCCUCUCUCCAGCUUGGCUGCAGGGGAAACCCA